AUGGAGAAUCAACUGUUUCAACUAAAGUUUACAUCAAAGACAUUGGAGAGACAAUCAAAGAAGUCUGAGCAGAAUGAGAAGGCUCAGAAAUUGAAGUUGAAGAAGGCUAUUGAACAGGGUAAUAUGGAGGGUGCAAAGAUAUAUGCACAGAAUGCUAUACGUGAGAAGAACCAGAGUUUGAACUACUUGAGAUUGGCAUCUAGAAUCGAUGCCGUGGCAUCUCGUGUCGAGACAGCCAUCAGAAUGAAGGCUGUGACCGGAUCGAUGGCAAGCAUCGUCAAGAACAUGGAGAAGUCGAUGCGUGCGAUGGACCUCGAGAAGAUCACACAGGUUAUGGAUCAGUUCGAGCGUCAGUUUGAGGACCUGGACGUCCAAUCCGUCUACGUUGAGAACGCAAUGAACCAGACCACCACCCUUUCCACACCAGCCGACCAAGUCGAUCUCCUCAUCUCACAGGUGGCCGACGAGCACGGUCUCAACGUUGGCAUGCAGAUGGGUUCCGUACCAUCAGAGAAGGUGCAACAGGUAGAGACAGACGAGUUGACCGAGAGACUGAACAAGUUGAAGCAGAAGAGCUAA